AUGCUGAGAUGCGCCGCCUCUGAGAACCGAAAGAGGCAAUCGCUAUGCCGUGGCUCGGUCGAGGCAAGUCAAGUCAUCGAUCAAUAUGAAUGGGUUGGACCGAGAUACACCCUGGAGAAUCCGGCAUAUAUACAAGGAUUCGACGAGCUCGGACCAGAGUCACCAGACUGUGGGCGCAAGCUGGCUAAUGUCGCAGUGGGAGGCCGAACGGUUCAAGGACAGUCUGCGAUUUCAAGUUCGAGAGUCAAUGAUUACUAUCCGUGA